CGGCAUCUUUUUCAUCGCGUUGUCUAUCCCUCGGUCAACAUAUUUAGGGACGCAGCCGACUUACUGACUAACAGAUCAAAUUGUUAAUCAUGGCAGAUGUUGUAAAAAAUAUUGGCGUGCCAAUCGAUGAUGAGACUCUCAGCGAGAUCUCUCGCGGAAUGGUGAGAAAUAGCUUUGUGACAAAUUCGAUGUUGGUUAUUACUUUUCAGCAAUCUAAAAUACACAAUGUGAAUUUUCUUCGCAGAUCUUUUCGGAAUUAGCAAUAACAGACAAUAAAGAAGGAACGUUGGCUAAGGUCGGGAAAGCCAAUCCAUGGCACAUCCAGGCGCUUAAGCUCAUCACAGGGUCCGAGGAACGAGCUCAUCUCCCUCUGGAAGAUAUUCUCAGAGACGACUUUGGUGGUCUUAUUCUAGACUGCGAGCUUGAUACGAGUGGCAUUACCAAAGGACUGAAUUUUGUUGAUACACAGGGUAAGAUCGGAUUGUACUUCUAACUGGUGAAAACAUGGGGUUGAUCGAGCAUGCAAAGAACAAGCAGCAACAAGCUCACAUUUCAAAUGCAUUUUGGAUCUCAUUUAGGGUACAUCGCGCACAAUGACGAAUUGAUUGUUGUUUCUUUUCGUUGUACUACAUCCCUCUUUGAUUGGUUGACGAAUUUGAAUAGCACAACAUCUGCCUGGGAGGUGGAAGAUUACGAGUUAGGAUACAGCGGCAUUUGUAGUGGAUUUUCAGGUCUCUGCUUCCAGGGACCUAACGCCAAACCGCGGGUGCACACAGGAAUGUACAAUAACUUUCUAGCCAUUCUCCCCGAAGUUAAAAAACACGUGGAUAAAUACCUGAAAAAGGACGAAAAACCUCGGGAACUAUACAUCGUCGGGCAUUCUUUGGGGGCUGGUAUUGCGAAUCUUAUGGCUACCUACUUUUUGUUGGAAGGAUACGACUGGAACGUUCUACCCCAGAAACUCAUUUCAGUAACCGCAGGAAGCCCUCGUUCCAAUGGAAAAUCAAUGAAAAAAGUGACUGAUGAAAAACGAUUAGAGUUCGGCAAAAACGUUCGUUUUCAUCGCCUCGUAAAAGGAAAAGAUGCUGUAUCCAAAGUUCCCCCGAGAAUCCUGGGUUUUGAACACAUCGUGGACCCGAUUGUGAUUACGGACGAUGGAAAGAUACUGAUGCUGAAAAAAGAAGAUGGCUUGAAAACAGAUUUGAGUGAGGCUUACAAAGUAACGAGGCAAAAGGAUGCACAGUUUAGUGUCGACAAACUAGUCAAGGAUGGCGAAGAUACCAAAAAGACAACCGAGAAAGAAGGAACUCUGCAACGGGAAACAUCUACCGAGAAGAACGAUGAAGAGGAAUAUGCCAAAUACCAACGUCUCGUCACCAAAAUUCCCAAAGGAUUGCGUGACCACAUGCCUGAUUUUUAUUUGAAACCGAUCUUCAAUGCUCAGGGCAUCGAACAUGCAUCAAAAACGAAACCAACGAAAUAGAUAGCUCUAUCUAUUGACAAUGUUUUCAAAGAUACAACUUAUUACGUUAUAAUUGUUUGAGUCUUUUAAUCACAAGAUCUGAAAAUGAUAAUCCUCAACUGUUGAAGUAUCUUUACAUUCGGAAAUGAUCAUACGGGUAUAGAAGUUUGCGGUAUCUAUUUAGUGGAGGAUAAAGUAUUACACAGUUGUCUAGGAGCGCUCCAUAUCUAACUUCUGCACUCUCUCGACGUCAGUGAAAAGCACAAAACUUUUGUUGCCCGUAUAAAUUGUACAUGCAUUAUACAAACGUUGAAAUCAUUACAGUUUUAUAUGACAUGGAUAGACAAAGUUAUGCAAAUGAACCAUUUGCCGCCAUGUAAAAUUUCGACUAAUUGCCAAUCAUGCUGCAACUAUUGGAACACCAAAAAAGUAAAUCAUUCGAUAAUAACAGCACUGAAGUUGACCUUUUCAUUCAUGGAUGACAACGUCGCGUCAAGUUGGAUUGCCAUGUCAUUCUCUCUUCCGAUUCGAGUGAUCUCCCAUUCGAUGUAGUUCCGAACUAGAGUGUACAGUUCUUGGUAACCGUCUUGUGUGACAGCUUCGAUGAGAGCACAAAGCUUACUGGCUUCAGUCUCGUGAAAAACAAAUGCAUGUUUUAGUUUGUCUUCGUUGCGUGAUAGUCGUUCAGUAGCAGAAUCCGGUAUUGCCUUCCCUUUGGUCUCUGCAUCGUUGGCUCGAUUCCGGAGGGCUUCCACCUUGCGCUCGUAAUGAAGGCGGUCCGAAGCUAGUUUUCCUACUCGUUUGAGUCCUACAUCAAUGCGAUGAGUGACAAUUUCCAUCCAAUUUGUCGCGAAAUUGACAACUAGCUUUUGGUAUUGAAGGUCGUUAACAACUGCUUCAGCUGCACUGAAGCGAUAGAGACCAAGUAAACUGAUAAAUUUCAAUCCAUUUCUUUUCCGAUAGUCUCCGGCAACUCGCGCCGCCGAAAUUGGCAAUGAUUCGGAAUCACUCAAUCCAUUUUCUCCGUUAAUGGUAGAUGCUGUUGGGGAAGAUAUUGAUGGAGAUGAUGGCAGCCGUUGAGAUAAUUGCUGUAGUCUUUCCAUUGCCUCGCCAUCCAACUCACAACCAAUUUCGUCUUGGAUAGGACUUCUUUCCGAUAAUAGUGUCAAUUUCUGGGCAAUCUCAAAUCGAGCUUCUUGGACCUGCCGAGUGCACUUUUGGUACGUUUUCAGUACACCGAUCAAUGUACGCAA